AUGGAUCCCGCCUCAUUAUUUGAUGACCUUCCGGACGCGCCGUUCGCGGCCGCCAUCCCCUCCGCCAGAGACCCGGCCCGUCUCCUCCCGCAGACGGUCGCUCACCGGGGGUACAAGGCGCAGUGGCCGGAGAACAGCCUCGAGGGCAUGCGCGCGGCGGUGCAGGCCGGCGCGCACGGUAUUGAGACGGACGUGCACCUAACCCGGGACGGCGUUGUCGUCAUGUCACAUGACGCCACUUUGAAACGCUGCUAUGGCGUAGCAAAGAAGAUUGCCGACUGUGACUGGGAGUAUAUUUCGACUCUGAGGAGCUUGAGGUCGCCACAUGUUGGGAUGCCGCGGUUGAGUGACGUCUUGGGACUGCUAGCAGAGGACGGCAUGCAGAAGACGUGGUGCGUGCUCGAUAUCAAGAUUGACGACGAUGCGGAUCAGCUUCUAUCCAGCAUGAGGCAAGUCUUGGACUCGGUCAAAGGUCCUGUACCAUGGGAGGAGCGUAUCCUCCUCGGCUGCUGGAACGCCACAUACAUUACCACAGCACGGCGUCUCCUUCCCACGUUUCCCCUCUCGCACAUUUCCUGGUCACGCUCCUACUCGCAGCAUUUUGGCACCGCCAUUCCCAACCUCGGCUUCAGCCUGCACUUUUCCACCCUAUCCGGCCUGCUGGGCCGGCGCUUCCUGCGGCAUGCGCGUGGUGCUCACCCCAUGGUCCCCGCCGCGCCCGUCAUGACGUGGACCGUCAACCAGGAUAACUGGAUGUGGUGGCUGCUGGACCGAAACCUGGUCCGGGACCACCAGGGCGGCAAGGACGUGGUGUCCUCGGCGCGGGUGCUGGACGCCGUCAUCACGGACGACCCGAGACAGUUCCGCGCGGCGUGCGAACGGUGGGAGGACGAGCUGGACGGGAAGCGCGAGAGGCCACGGCUGGGGCUGGUCAGCUGUGUGAGGAGCGGAUGGGGCGACGGGUGGGAGGCGGCAAAGUUUACGCUGCUGUGGGUGGUGCUGCAGGCCGUUCGGAGGUUUUCGAAGAGGCUGGAUACGCUGCCUGACGUGAUGAAGCGCAAGAUCCAGUAG